AUGAAUUCACUGGGAUAUGAACGUGCACCUGGUCCAUCGCGGCGUAACAACGGUCAUCGUCGGCCAAACCUUACGUCAGGAGAUGCACCAUCGAACUCAAAGACUGGUCAGCGACGCAAGAAAUCACGCUCCCCGGAUGCGUGGAGUUCUCACCUUCAAGUUGCCGCGCAGAGAUCUGAGCAAGUUCAACCCGAAGGAGGGAAGAAAAAGAAAUUGACAAAUCCCUUGCCUUUCGACUUUCUUGCACCACUGGACGAUACCAAUUUUGAGAGAGGUCGCAAGCACAAGUCCAAAUCACGUCAGCAAGGUCGCCAGGCAGUAGAGCACCCUGCUACUGCGUCGGCUCUUGCCGUAGAGAACAAGCCAAAGAAAGACAGAUCCAAGUCGAGAGACUCGGCCUACCGACAGAUUUCGAAAGCCUCGGCAUCCGAUUCUGAGGGUGUCCAGGCGCUUGUGGACCUUCACCUCGAAUACCAGGGUCCGUUCACAGCCGCUGAAUUUGCUAAGCUUAAGCGAGAAAUUGAAAUAUGGAAGAAAAAAGACAGUGCAAACGAGAAGAAACUGAAGGAGACCGAAAGUCAAGUGAGCAAGGCACAGAGCAAGGUGAAGAAGUCUGAAGAUGCCAUCAAUAAUGUGGAAACGAGUGUUCAUGCCAAAUUUGCAUGGAGCUGUUACUCAAACCAUAUGCGUUGUCACCUUGAGUGGUUCAAGAAAGCACCCCCCAGCGACGAUGAAAUAGGACUAUGGAGCGAGAUGAUGACGAUGACGAAGAAGAAGAUGACGAUUGGCUCGAUGAAGAUGUCUUCAGUUACGUGGGAACCACCAGCGACCAUUAUCGACGAAGAGGACUAUCUCUUCGACCAUUUGAGCCACAAUGACCUCAACGUCCUUCGGCGCGGUGCUACGCUUGCUAUGCUCCAUGAAUAUGCCGUGUACUAUGUACAUGAUGAAGGACUGAUCGCGCACGACGGGCUCAACAAUCGCAUCUUCUUGGGUGGAAUAUUUCCCUUAGCGCAGAUGAUGAAGAUGGUUUCGAGGUACAUUGAUUGGUCACACGGGACAUGGAUGAGCGCCCGGAGCGUUGGAGGAUGA